UUCAGGUGUGCAAGUCCAUCUCUCUUCUCCACCGUCUGAGCCCUCAGCGCUGGUCUUCAUGUUGAGUCUUACCGCCCCACAGGACUGCAGAUAGAGUUGCCUUGUUCCCAGCGGAGGAGAAUGGAGACUCUGUGGUUGUCUUUGCUCUUGCUAGCGGCAGUGUGCAGGGGCCAACCGUGUCCCAAACGCUGCAUGUGCCAAAGCCUCUCCCCGUCUCUCGCCAUCCUCUGCUCCAAAACCGGUCUGCUCUUCGUACCCGGGGCCAUAGACCGACGCACUGUGGAGCUCCGACUGCAGGAGAACUUCAUUACAGCUGUUCGCAGAAAGGACUUUGCCAACAUGACGGGCCUGCUCCACCUGACUCUGUCCCGGAACACCAUCAGUCAGAUCCUGCCCGCGGCCUUCAGCGACCUCCGCCGCCUCCGGGCCCUACACCUCGACUCCAAUAGAUUAACUGUGAUCAAGGAUGACCAUUUCAAAGGCCUGACCAACCUGCGUCAUCUGAUCUUGGCGAAUAACCAGCUCCACUCCAUUUCCCCACACGCCUUUGACGAUUUCCUGGCCACGCUGGAGGACCUGGACCUCAGCUACAACAACCUGAUAGAGGUCCCGUGGGAGACUAUCGGGCGCCUCACCAAUGUCAACACCUUAAACAUGGAUCAUAACCUCAUCGAAAAUGUACCACAAGGGGUGUUCACCAAUCUGCACAAACUGGCAAGGCUUGACAUGACGUCUAACAAGCUAAAGAAAAUCCCUCCAGAUCCAUUGUUCCUCAGAAUUCCGGUUUAUGCCAAGUCCAAAGGCUCCCCUCUCUCCUCGCUGGUCUUGAGUUUCGGGGGGAACCCUCUCCACUGUAACUGUGAGCUCCUGUGGCUGAGGAGGCUGACCCGAGAAGAUGAUCUAGAGACGUGCGCAUCGCCGCCCGACCUCAGUGCCAAGUACUUCUGGACUAUUCCUGAAGAGGAAUUCAUCUGUGAUCCACCAGUUCUGACUCGUAAGUCUCCUCAAACGGUGGCGAUGGACGGGCAGCCCGCCAGCCUGAAGUGCAAAGCCAAUGGAGACCCAGAGCCAGAGGUCCACUGGAUCAAUCCCGAAGGUCGCCUCAUAUCGAACACAUCCAGAACAAUGGUUUACCCGAACGGAAGCCUGGAAAUUAACGCCACAACUGCAAAGGAUGCUGGGAAUUUCACCUGCAUCGCCUCGAACGCCGCAGGGGAGUCGACGGGCCGAGUGGAGCUGGUUGUAACCGCCGUGCCCCACCUGGCCAACAGCACUAGCCGAAGUCGAGACCCCUCAUCCGACCCCGCCCCCUCGGACAUCCUCACCUCUUCUAAGGCCGCGUUACCUAGCAACGAGACGCGAGGAGGAGCCGAUCGGAGAGUGUCAUUGGUGGAGCUGACGGGCAACUCCGCCCUCAUCAGGUGGAGCAGUCAAACGCCCAUAAACGGGGUCAGGAUGUUCCAGGUCCAGUACAACAGCUCCGGGGAUGACACCUUGGUCUACAGAAUGAUUCCAUCCACAACCAACGACUUCCUUGUUCGUGACCUGGCGCCUGGGCGGAGCUACGACCUGUGCGUUUUGGCGGUGUUUGAUGAUGUGGUCACCUCCCUCACCGCCACUCGCCCUUUGGGAUGUCUGUCCUUUAACACCGACACAGAGUUCAGCCAGUGCCAGGCCAUCCACAGCCACUUCCUAGGAGGAACUAUGAUCAUUAUUAUUGGUGGAAUCAUUGUGGCAUCUGUUCUGGUUUUUAUAAUUAUCCUAAUGAUACGUUACAAAGUGUACAGCCAUGGGACGGGCCACGGGAAAGCCGCCAUUUCUGCGGCCGCACCAAGAACACAGAGCAACGGGCAAGGAGGACAGGUACAGGUCCUCCCUCAAUCUGCGUCCAAAGUGACUGAUGGUCAAGAGGACCAAGGGCUGGGGCCGUCCCGAGCCGUGUCGCCUAGCAACACCCUCAGAGACACUGUUGCUCUGGUGGAGGAGGAGAGCACGAGCCAGAACAUUAUGUCUAGGACUGACUCUUUGGCCAGUGAAGAACUGCUCUCGCCUACUAAGGCCCGCUUCACCUCCCGAGUGGCCAUCGAGAUGAAGAACAGACCACCAUCUGUCGCCAAAGAAGCAACCUCCCCUAAGGAACUGGCAGAGCCCUGAUGUUGUUGUUCAAAAUGGCGGACGUGGAGCGCACUCUGCACCACCAGGGACAGCCUAAUGAAAAAGCCAGAAGAAAAAGAAAACACCCGGACUACCCAUUCCUAUGCCCCCUCUGUCACUCCCUUUUACUCCCCUCAUUCUUUGUUUCUCUAUAACACAGGCAUAUAGACCUUCACGCGGUUCUCAGAAGAUUUGGAGGUUUUUAUCACUUCACUCUGUUUAGGUGGACCAAGUUCUUUUCAAAGCAGUGGCA